AUGAAUCUACAAACAUGUUGCCUAUUUAAGCAGUUAGAAAAUAUGUUUAAAUAAAUGAUUGUCUUCGCGAAUUAGAGAUGAAUAGGGACAAAUCGUUACGAAGUAUACUACUUUCGUUACUUUUGUUCCAACAAUGUAGUUCACUUUUAGAAGACGUGUGUGAAAAAGACGACUACGAGUGUCAACAUCCUGAUGAUAUUGAUGGUAUUGGGCACUUGCAGCACAAUAAAAGUCAGAACAUUAAUAUUCUACGACGUCUGCAACGUAUGAGUAUGCUCCAAUGUGUCAAAGAAUGCUUCAUGACGUCGCAGUGUAUCGCAAUAAACUACAGAAAGAAUUGGAAGCUCUGUGACAUACUUGACAAGUUACCCGAUGGAGAAAAUCUUCAAAAUGAAUCUGGUAGUAUUUAUACUAAAAUAGCAAGCUGGCCAAAGUCCCUUGCCGGAGGAUGUUCAAAAAACACAUGUAAACCAGGACAGAAAUGUGAGAAGCAGCCAAAUGGUGGACUCGGUUGUAUCCCUGUCUAUUGUGAAAGUCCUGCGCCGACGACACCAAAUGCUACCUGCAUUGAAACUUUUGGAUUGUAUCGAAAUCUUGGAACUGGAAUACAAUUUAAAUGUAACAACGGAUUCACGAUAAAAGGACGUCCAUUCCAAGUAUGUAGUGAAAAUGGAGAAUGGAAACAAUUGUUUUGUUGCAUAAAAAAAUCACUUCGUCCACAUGAUUGUGGUGACAUACCAGUACAGUGUCCAUCAGCAGUAUACAAAAUUUACCCGACAGCCACCAGUCAUCUGGAUGUUUACUGUGACAUGGAAACAGCUGGCGGAAGUUGGACUGUCAUUCAGAGAAGAAUCGAUGGAUCUACAGAUUUCUAUAGAGGAUGGUCUGAUUAUGAACAGGGAUUUGGCAGACUUGACAGUGAAUAUUGGUUAGGAAACCAGAAUAUACAUACUAUUACAUCGUCUGGAAAUUACGAGCUGUUCAUACAUUUGGAAGACUUUGAUGGAAAGACAAGAUAUGCACAGUACAGUACGUUUAAGGUCGAGGACUCCCAGUCAAACUUUAUAUUACACAUCAGUGGAUACACUGGAAAUGCAGGAGACAGCCUUAUUCUCCACAACAAUAUGAUGUUUACUACCACAGAUAAAGACAACGAUCUAUGGAAGCGUGUAAACUGUGCUGAUCAUAGAAUAGGAGCAUGGUGGUACAAGCAUUGCAUCAGGUCUAACUUAAAUGGCAUGUAUGGAUACAGAAACAAUGGGCAGAUACUUUGGAGAUCAUGGAAAAACAAAGAAUCGAUGAAAUCUACAAAAAUGAUGAUUAAGAAAACACAAGAAUGAUAAUAAUAAACAGAGUUUUUUUUUGACAAUUUAUAUUCUAUCAAUUAAUAAUUCUUUCCCUCAAUAUUGUUCUUUUGUAUUUGUUAUUAUUAUAAUCUCAUGUUGCUUCUUGUGGGUUCACUAAUUUGGAAUAGAGUAUAUUCUUUUUAUUCUAUUCUAUUCUAACCUUAUAAGCAUCUUGCAAACAAGAGAUUUCGUUACCCCUGGAACAGUAUUCAGAUUAUCUAGUGUCGUACAUAAGUAGGCCUUGAAAUACAACCUAGGAAUCCGGGUUCCUGUAGUUCCAAUUUUGUAUCAGACAUCAUACGUACUUUUCAUUGUUCGUAACUAUGGCUUUACGAAAACUACCAUUCAAUAAAUAUUACUGUUUUAA